UAUCGGGCGCGGUUAAGUGACGUCAUACACGCGCCAAUAAAAUCUACAUGUGGGACUGUGUGGCUAUGUAGUUAAACAACGUGUGUAGUUGUUAAAUGUCUUUUCUUUCUUUGUUCUUCGAAGUUAUAAAGCAAGGAACGCUGGUUGGCCGUUGGCUGCCAGUUAACUUUCCGCAAAGAGUAACAACCAAGCUAACAUCAACUAGAUGACAGAGCAGCAUUAGCAAGCAGACAAUCAUCUCUGAUCUUCACAGAUGGCUGAUGAUAUUGUGAAAAAUGAAGCUUCCAUCCAUCAGGGGAAUGAUACUGAUAAUGAGGACGUUAAGAAGACGCUUAGCAGUAAUGCGGCAGAAAGCCAAACUCUGUCCAAAAGGCAAAAGAAGAAGCUUCUGAAGCAGCAGAAGUGGGAAGAGGAGAGGGAACUGCGAAAACAGAGGCGAAAGGAAAGGAAGCAACAGCGUCGGCUGCAGAGGCAAAAUCUUGCGGAGGAGGAGGGAAAUGAAGCCAAGAGUGUCAGGAAACAUCCACGCAGAGAAGUGAUCCCCAGCUCACUGAGGUUGGUGGUGGACUGCAGCUUUGACUACCUCAUGCUGAUCAAGGAUGUCCGGAAGCUUCACAAACAGAUCCAGCGGUGCUAUGCUGAGAACAGACGAGCCUUGCAUCCAGUGCAGUUUUAUCUGACAAGUCUGGGAGGACAGCUGAGACAGAGCAUGGAUGAAAAGGACAAAGGAUGGGUAAACUGGAAGGACAUUAGCAUUAAAACAGAGCACUACAUUGAAGUUGUGGCUAAGGAGGAGCUUGUGUACCUGACGUCAGACUCUCCCAAUGUGCUGGAUGAGCUGGACCAAAAAAAGGCCUAUGUGAUAGGAGGCCUGGUGGACCACAACCAUCACAAGGGGAUCACCUUUGAGAGGGCAAAGGAGCUGGGGAUCAAUCACGCCCAGCUUCCACUGAGCAGUUUUGUUAAGAUGAACAGUCGAAAAGUACUAGCCGUCAACCAUGUGUUUGAGAUCAUCCUGGCAUACCUGGAGAAGGGCAACUGGCAGGAGGCCUUCUUCACCGUCCUGCCUCAAAGGAAAGGAGCAGUGGCUGUCGACCAGAAUGGAGCAACUAUGCUUGAAAAAGAGGAGGAAGAUUCUGACUCUGACACACCAGAGCAGCAGAGCUGAGAAAAGGACCUAAAACAUAGUACACAUAGACAGUAUUCAGACUUCUGAUGUCUAGAUAUACUGAUGCUAAGACUGUGCUCAAGAGUGAUAUUUCUGUUAACAAAAUAUCUGUUUCUUGAUAAUAUCAAAAUGCUUUUUUU